AUGGGUGGAACUGACUUUUCAGAGGAACCAACAUUCAGGCUGAAACUUCUUGUCGACAAGGAGAAAAACAAGGUCGUCUUGGCCGAGGUAGGGAAGGAUUUUGUUGAUGUACUCUUUAGUUUUUUGUUACUGCCGAUGGGUACCAUUGUGAGAUUGCUGCGGAAACAUCACGAGAAUCAAAAGUCUCAAACUGCCGCUACUACAAUAGGUUGUUUCAACAAUCUCUACAAAAGUGUUGUUGAUAUGAGCAACGAUAAUUUCUUGACUGAGGCUUGUAAGGAUAUACUUUUGUAUCCGAUACAUGCGAAAGAGAGGCCAUGCAAACGGCUUAAGCUUAACAUCGACGACACCACCACCAAGUACUAUCGGUGCCCGGAUUUGGGAAAUUCGCAGUCAUGCUCCAAGGCUUAUAGUAAUUUCUGCUCCUUAAAAUGUGUUUGUGGCAAGUUUAUGGAGCAGGAGAUUAAAGUACGUGAUGGUGUCCUUACGGAAAUUUUUGUCAGCGACAAGAAGUCUUUCAUCAUUUUAGACAAUAUGAAAGUUAGAUUUAAUUCCAUUGCUCUCACCUUGAAGAGUCUCAGAGAACUUGGUUAUACAGAUCUUGAUAAGCUGGAUGAGAUGCUUGUAGAUGUUGGUCACAAAGAGGUACUAGCUUUGUUGGAAUGCUUAUUCUCUGCGGAUACUCCCUUGACUGAUGCGUUCUUGAUGAAACGAAAGUCGUGUAUCAUUACCCGGACGCAUAACAUGCCAAGCUUAGCCACCGUGCAAGAUGGAGGUAAAGCAGAAUCAAAUGAAAUACUCUCAGUCACUGUAUUUGUUAGGAAGCAGGAUAAGAAGGUUCUUUAUGCUGAAAGCGGGCAAGACUUUGUGGAUUUACUACUAAUGUUCCUGGCUGUCCCUUUGGAGUCAGUGUGGGGAAUAUCCGGAAACAAUAUCGAAUUGGGAUGCAUUGAAAACUUUUGUAAAAGCAUGAGGAGCUUGAGCUCUAGCCAAGCCACAAAUGCAUCCACUUGCAUAUCUAAGCUUCCUUGGAACUAUAGUUUCCAAGCACCGCUCCUUGGUGUCUGUAGCAAAUUAGAUCCCCCUUUGUGGACGCUGAAAAUAAACUCUCAAAGCUAUGACUUGAAAAUGAUGUAUCCAAACUAUGAUGGAAGUGAAGAAUCAACGAUUCAGGGUAGCAAUGGGCUUCUGAAAAGAGGGACAACGUACAUGAUUUCAGAUGAUCUUACCAUCUCAGCUACAAACUCGUCUUCAACUAUUUGCAUAUUAAAGAAGUGGAAUGUGGACUUGGAUGACAUUGAGGAGCAUGUAAUCGACAUUAGCAAAAAAGAGGCUAUCGGUUUACUAAGAGCUUCGUUGAUGACAUCCACUGCAUUGACCACAGCUUUAGGAAGCUUGCUCCUAAAGAAGCCAAAAAAGGAGAAACCCUAA